GUCUAGUCGGGCGCCAUGUUUCAAUAAAACUUGCCGGGCACUCUCGCCGGCCUUCACCGGAUGAUUGACAGGCGGGCGAGGCACGCUGUUGGCUGCCGACGUGCCCCGUGAAGCGUCUUGGCGAGGGACUGCAUCACAAGCCGCUGGAGUUGUCGCAGGCCCACGCACAGCAUACCGCUCUCGACAGGACCAGGCAAGCUCGUGUGUUUGAUGCCGGCUAACCACUCUCUUCUCUCAGUCCUCAAGUCGCUUGUUGUCUGAACUACGGGCUGACCGUGAACAUCACCGAGACCUUUACUGACAUGGAGUCUUAGUUGCUACACACCUUUACACCAUUCAGGAGACUAUCACGGGGGAGGGAAGUACGUGGAUUUGUACGGAGUACAGUCACUUGUCACAUCGCCAUUGUACUUUUUGCCAUUUAGACAUGUUGGCGUCGGGAGUAUCGCAGUACCUCCAUCCGGAUUAUCUACAACCUCUUCCCACCACGCUGGAUGCUAAAAAAAGUCCUCUUGCACUUUUGGCCCAGACAUGCAGUAGCAUUGGAAAAGAUCCCACACCUUCCAAACCUAUUAUCCCACCACUGGACAAGAAGGAAAAAGAAGCAUCAGAUAAAGUGGAUGAGUCCCUGAAGCGUCCCUCAUCCAGAGGAAGCAAGAGUAGUGGAGAAUCAGGGCGUGAUUCAAAGCCAGGCUUCCGUACUAUUCCACCCAAGGAUAUCCCACCUCUGGUGCCUGUUGGCACUGGCACUGAGAAAGGAUCCACUGCAUCAAACAGUGACAAUGGCUGUGUUGGUGGGAGUGGUGGAAAAUCACACAGUGGAGACUCUGUUAGCCAUGGCUUGAUAUCUACUUCUUCGCACAGUAUCCUCAGUAGCAGCAGCAGCACUGCCAACUCUGUGCGCCCUCUCAGUGUCACUGGAUCUAGUAAUCAGAGAUCAGCAUCUCGCAGUGGCAGCGCUCGUGAUGGAAAUAAUGACUACGGUGACACCCCAAGCUCAGUGGUCAGUGGUACGCGACAUUCAGCAUCUGCUUCACCACCAUCCAGUGUAAUGAGCAAGCAUGCUCCUCCAGCCCACAGUUCCCUUCCUUCUAUACCCAAACCAUCUGUUACUCACCCCUCUCUGCUGCCAGGCCUGACUUCCGCUCACCACUUGGCAGCAUACCCUCACCUGUCUCUCAUGCCAGGACUGGCCUUGGACCCAGCAGUACAGAGCUACCACAAUGCCCUGGCUGCUCACUCCAGCUUUAAUUCGCUGUCUGCUGCUGCAGCUGCUGCUGCCGCAGCCCAGUCCUCCGUGUUGAAAGCAGGUGGAGGGGGCUCUGCUUUAUCCCCUUACGUUGCAUAUGCUCGAGUUAGGACUCCUUCCGGGGCCACAACUCUGGUGCCAGUAUGUCGUGAUCCUUACUGCACUAACUGCCAGUUGACACUUCAAAACUCUCAUCUGUCAUCCACGUGCAAUGCUCCAGGCUGUUCUCAGUGUGCCCACGAGAAGUCGCUCAUGAGCCUCACCAGUGGAGGGCUGUCUGGUCUUGGCAGUGCUUCCUUACUUCCCCCUAUUUCUUCUGCUGGUUCACUGUCAAGCUCAGUCACAGGCUUAUCAUCAUUACACUCUCUGUACCCGCUGGCAGCUCACCAAGGACUGCCUUUUGUGUGCAGCUGGAUGGUAGGCAAUGACUACUGUGGCAAACGCUUCACCUCAUCUGAUGAGCUGCUUCAGCACCUGAGGACUCACACAUCUGGGGUGGAGGCAUCUUCUCUUACGGCCAGCUAUGGCGUUCUGGGGCUGCACCCAAGCUUGGCAGCAGCUGGCUGUCACAGUCACUAUGCUGGCAGCCCACUGUCUCCAAACUCACUUCGACGCAGCUAUCCUACAAGUCUCAGUCCAGUCAGCUCCUUGCUAAGUGCUAGUCGCUAUCAUCCCUACAAGUCUCCUCUUGGAGUGGUCCCCCCUCCAGUACCAACAUCACAAGCCCUUCCCAUGGGUUACUACUCACCAUAUUCUCUUUAUAGUCAAAGACUGGGUGCUGCAGCGGUGCCAUGACUGGUCUCACACUGUUUUCUCUGAAAGAAAACAGCAAAUGGCAUCAUGAUGAAACAAUCUUGCUUUGGUGAAGUUGUACAAUUGUUGACAGCAGAAUGGAUAUUUAGAAGUUGUAUAGGAUACUCUCUCAAGAACUUUCUAAUGUUUUGUCCUGUGCCAUAAGCACAUUUUGAUGCCACCUGAAUAUUACCCACCAUCUACCAACCCCCACCCACCCACUACAAGAAAACCCAGAAACUUUGAAGUGAAGUUGACUGAAACUGUGUUUUGUGAUUUAUGCUGAACAUGGCUAUUGUCUCAAUCCAUGUGACAAAAUAAUGUCACCAGGAUGCCAAUCAGAGGUACAAUGCAGAUAAGAUGGACAAGACUGUUGCCAUGAAAAGCAGUGUUUGAUACGUGCAUUAACAGAAUGUUCAUAAAGAGACUUUAUGCUUGUAUUGCAUGUUCGACAUAGGAUUGUGGACAGACUCACUUUGUUCAUUCUACUGAUUUUCAGAGUAUCGGGCGGAAUAAUCUGUAGCAUGAACAAAGCACUGUACAAGUUAGAACAAGUGAGUGUUGUACUUUGAAAGGCAGAGAAGUCAACAGUCCCUCAACAUAGUGUGCAACGAUUGCAGGUAUCAUGUCCGCUCAGACGUGUGCCCAUGAUUCCAGAUGCAGUCUGCUUUAUCUGUGAUUUAACGUUAUUUCCUGUGUACUGAUGUGCUUUAUUUUCUUAUAUACCUGACAUUGAAUUUGUAUUUAAAUUGUGUAUAUAUGGCUAAUAGAUUUUAAGUUGCCAUAGGUCAGUUAUGUUUGGGUUAUGCUUUUAAAGAGAAUAGUACAGUGUUUACUGACGAAAACACAGGUUACAGGUGUUAGCCUCACCGCUGGUGUAGAUGUGAGUUGCAUUUUUGCUCUCAGAUUAAAAUUUAGACCUGACAUGCAACACCAACUAUACUGCUGAGCAAAGUAAUGUAUUCAUGGAUCAGAAAUACAGGACUAAAAUCAGUGGUUAAAAAAAUUCUAAAGCUUUGCUAUUAAAGACAUUCAGUUUGUGACAGCUGUUCAGUGAGAGUAUGGUUCACUGGUUAGGGAAGAUUCUUUGUCAUAAAUGCUUCACUUGUUAAUGUGAAAUUCUUUCGGGGUACAGUAAGUGUGUGUGCACCUGCGCAUGCACCUGUAGUGUCACUUUUUCACAGUCUUUAGUUUCCUGCCACAGCAAAUCAGCAUAUCUUUGUGGAUGUGCUUAUAACUGUCGAGUGAUUUUAUUUGCUUUUUGUCAUGUUCCUUUUCACCAGUUGGCAUAGUUUUGAGGGAAAGAAGUAUAUAAUUAUGAUUGUAGUUUUAUAUUCAUGUGCUACAGAUUUUAUUACACUUCACACAGGUCACUUAGACAUUGUUUAACCAUCUGUGUAUCAUGCACUAGUUUGUGUAAAAUCAGAUUAUAGAAUGUCCUCGGGUGCUUUUUCCUGGGUUGAUCACUGGACAUGACUUUGGACUGUACAAGAAACAAUUCUUUAUAUGAAAAAAAAUGUGCUGCUGUGGUUGAAGACAUCAGUCUGUUUCUGGAUCAUGUGAUGUUUUGAAGGAUUGUCAAUAAAAUAAUUUGCAUUUGAUGCACAACUAAAA